GCUCCAAUAUGGCGGCGUCCUGCGGCUCCUCGCAGCUCCCCGCCGCCGAGCCGCCCCUCAAGAUCCCCAAGAUGGAGGUGCUGUCGCCUGGCUCGCCGGGUGCGCUGAGCGACGGCAACCCCAGCCUCUCCGACCCGUCCACCCCCAGCGGCGCCUCCCCGCUGGGCCCGGGGCCGGCAACCGGCGGGGCCGGGCUGGGGGGCGGCGGGGCGGCGGGGGGCCGCGGCGGAGCCUCUCCCUCCGUCUCGUUCUCCCCGGGCGGAGCCGCCGCCGCCGCCGCGGCCGCAGCGUGCCGGGGGAUGUCCUGGACCCCGGCGGAGACCAACGCGCUGAUCGCCGUGUGGGGCAACGAGCGGCUGGUGGAGGCCCGCUACCAGCAGCUGGAGGGCGCCGGCACCGUGUUCGGCAGCAAGGCCCCCGGGCCCGCCAUGUACGAGCGGGUCUCCCGAGCGUUGGCCGAGCUGGGCUACGAGCGCACCCCCUCGCAGUGCCGGGAGCGCAUCAAGACCCUCCGCAGGUGUUACAGCCGUGUGAAGGAGCAUGGUGUUGGGAAGAGGAAAAGCAGCUACACGUUCGAACAGCUGGAGCAGGUGUUUGGCCAGGGAGGAUGGGAUUCCCAGCCCUGCCAGCCUGUCCUCAUCAACAGCAGUGGCUUGUACCAGGAGCUGGAGUCGGAUGGCAGCACCAUGGAGGAGUACUCGCAGGAGGACUGGGGAAACCACAGUCAGGAUCUUCAUUGCUACCAGACUGGUGAGCAGGAAUUAGAUGAAAUGCCUACCACAAAAAGAACAUUAAAGAUAAAACAGGAAUCUUCAGAAGACGCUCAUUACCUCAGAACGUUUGAAAAGCUUCACAACUUUGUCCUUUCUGGGCUCCAUCAUGCAGCCAGCAGAACGGCUCCCCACUGAAUGCGAGGACUGAACGUGCGGCUCGGAUCCACCUCAGGCUGCCAGGGCUGUGUGUGGCAGGCUGUGGUUAUCACGGCAUGAGCCCAGGCUCUUGAGCUUUCUGAAAUCUGUUUUUGCCAUCUGCCUGAAGUUGCCUGAAUUUUGCCCAUUUGGGUACAAGGAAAAACAAUAAGUUUUUUUUUUUUAAAGAGCAGUAAUUAUGUUGUGGUGUAUAUUUUCCUCUAAACCAGUGGCAGGACCGUGACCUGCAUGCCCAGGUGGUGCUGACCAGAUAUUUUCAAUGGAUCAUAAGUGGAGGAAAGCGAGUGAGAAGUGAGGCUCCCUCAGUAGUAGUGCGUGCUGUUGACUUGGCUCGUGUGAGUAAUGCUCACAUUAAAAGUUCGUGCAUUUCCUCUCAGUGGUGGAAAGCAUGCCAAAGUUUGUGAUUUCUUUUAUUUUCAUAACUUUCCAGAGCUGACUUGUAACCUUUUGGAUUGGUUUAAUCUGACAAAUACUGCAGCAUUUAAAAUGUUUUAAGCAUGUGAAUCUCCAUUGCCUUGCCAACAGUAACACAGAGUGUUUCAAAAAAUGAAUCGUGCCACGGUCCUGCAGAGCAGGGCUGCUUUCUUCCAGCCUCUUGGGUUUCAAACCCUGUAGGGUGAGUGUAGCUCUGUCUGUAAUGGGAUGAGCUGUCUCAAAUCCACCUGCAGGCCCCUCGGGGGGGACAUGUGGGCAUGGUGUCUUGCACCACCUCUCCCCAUGGCUUACUGAGCUGGCUGAAGUCAGUAUGGCGUUUCUUAGGCUGCAAAGUGAGUUUGUGUAGGACAGUAAUUCAUCAUGCUGUACAGGUUUAUGUAGUGUCUUUGGUUAGCAGCAGAGGCUUUUUACUGGAAGUAAAUGAUUUUUAAAAAUUCCACAUAUGUAUGUAGUUAUUUUUAAUGAAAAGCCUGCAUUGUGAUGGCUUAGCUUCAUCAAAGUCCUCAGUGGAAUUUCCAGGGUUAAGCUGUCUUGAUGGUGAUUUUUCUCUUCAUAUGAACAGAAUUCAGGGUAGCAUCUCAGGGAUGGGCAUGAAGGAAAACACUUGUUUUUCAGCAUAAACAUCAUCACCUCUUUGAACAGCUCGUUAGGAUGGCUCUGGGAUAAUUCUACCUGCAAAUUCUACCUUCAAGGCGUGUCUGAGGGAGUUGCACAGAAAAGAAUUCUGAAUGCUCUGAGGCCGAAGCUCAGAGAAGCUCAUUUUGUGUGAAGACUGCCUGAGUUUUCUCUGCCAGCUUGUUGUGCAGGUGCAUGGCUGGAGCUCAGACUGCUCAGAGCUGGGGUUUCUUUUCUGCCCCCGAAGCUCUCUCUAAAAUAUAUGGAGGCCUCUGAACUCCUAGGCAUGUUGUGAAGCGUGUGGAUGAUAAGGCAGUCGGUGCUCAGUGAAAGCACAAAGUGACUUCCAACACAGAAAUUUGCUGAAAAUGCCUUUUUUUUUCUCUGCUAUGAGGAACGAGGAACUUUUAAACUCUGAAGUCUUUUAAAGUUGAAAGAAACUUGAAAAUUCUGCCUUUUUACUACAUCAAGCAAUGGAAAGCAAAGAAUUAAAUAAGAGUUCUCCCUGCCUUCUGCACUGUCAGGCUCUUAGCAGGAGGCGUCAAAGGCAGCUUUUCAGGUUGGGUUUUUGGAAAGUGGAGGAUCCCUGCAUGCUGCUGUGGCAGGGUUUGCUUUGUCCAGUUCAUUGCCUCAGCAGUUGUCUUGGACAUUGGAUAAGGAAACCAGCGUUGAGUUUGGAAUGGUUACAAGCUGUCUGGAGAAGCCUUACUGGUACUGUAGAUAAGCUGAGUAUUUAUUUAUUAUAUUUUAAAAAAAGAGUUGUCUAAUUUUAAAAGCCAUAGCAAAUAAUACCAAACAGAUUCUUGUUUUUGGCCCAGGUUUUAAAAUGCAUGUAGCUUAUUGCAAAGAAAGCAGACCUUCAGUUCAUCUGCUUUUGUCUGCACGUGGAAGUUUGAAGCAGAAGUGAUCUCAGUGAAAUGGGGGGUGAUGAUGCAUUCAACAUGUGCAAAGUGCAGAAUUUACGUGGUGAUGCUGCCUGACUGUAAGUGCGCGCGAUCUUGAAAUGCUACCCUUGCUUCUCCCUGCUCUGGGAGGUCGGAAGGAAUUGCUCUGCAGUGCCACCACCUCCGGGUUCCCAGCUGUGGUCCUGGGGCUGUGAAAGCCAACAGAGGUCUGGCAGGAGAUGGUCCAGCAGGAGCCCUCUGUGCUCCAGGGGGGGGAACUGCAGAGCCGAGCAGAGCAACUUGCAGAGAAACACGGGAGAUGGCUUUGUAAGAAACAAGGCAGGAUUGUUUUCCUGACAGGAGGGAAGAAGGUGGGAGCGCGAUGCCGGCCGGGCUGUGCGCCUCGCAGUGCCUCGCAGCAGGUUGCAGGUUGCACGGCCUCUUGGCAGUGGCGGCGCUGCCUCCUGACUUCGGGUAGAAAACAGGCAGUCUGUGUGGUGUGAGGUGCACGGAGAUCUCCUCUGUUUCGUGGGUUGCCUUAUUCCCAGAGGUGUGGGAGGGAAGAGCUGGCAGGUGAGCUGCAUCCUUGCCCUCUGCUCUGUCAGCUGGGCUCUCCCACACGGGCCGUGCUGGUGCAUUUCCUUUGCUCUUCCCUCCAAGUAAAUGUUUUGGAGAAGUGAAAACUGCUUCAGACUGUUCUACCAUUUUAAAUUUCAGAGGAUUGUGUUUUUUGACUGCAGGCUUUUUGAAGUUGAACUAGAAAUGCUUGGGGAGUUAAAUUCUCCACUGAAACCAGCUGUUUCGGUUUCUUUGAAGUCUGCUUUUGUUUGGAAACCGUGCCUUAGAACAAAUUUGCACCAAGUCUCGAGUCUUUCCUGGUUCGAAUUGCAAAAGCUUCUGAGGAGGAAGCGAUGCAUUGACUGGUGUGAGCCAGGCGCUGGGGGUCGCGGACAGACAAUGUGGUAAAACGCAGCUCGAGGGCACCUUCUACAGUUGAGAAAUGAGAUAGCCCAGUGGCGUGCAGGGCUGAGCCAGGAUGAGCUCUGCUUGCUCAGGUACCGUGUAUCUCCUUAAAGAGAGAAGUAGCAGUCUGGCUUUUGCUGUCUGUUGGUGUUUCCUCCUGCAGCCAGCAGAAAGAAGGGGCCAGCAGUGCGCCCUGCUGUGCUGGGGUUCUCCUCCUUUCUGCUCUGCCCUCAGGAGGCCACAUGUGGAGCUCGGGUUCCCCAGUUCAAGAAAGACUGAGAGCUGCUUUUCUAACAUCUUUUGUCCCUCCUGCUUCCUCUGAAGCCCAUGUCUCCUCUGAUACGUGAAGCACUGCUGGGGAUUCUCUAGUGAAAUUAUUCUUGUUCAGCAGUAGUUUGAAUGACUAAUUUUUAUUUUUCUUCAGAGCUUCAGCUGUGUUUUGUGCUGAACUGAGCUUAGCAAUAGUAUUUAUGGUGUAAUUAAUAAAGGUGUUGUUCUUUCUGUUGUUGUUCUUAGCUCUGUUCCUCUACUGUUGAAUGAAAAUCUACCCACACUGCAUUCUGGUGUGUCUGGGUUUGGAUGGGACCGUUUCCUUAAAUUGCAUUCAGCUUCCUCUUGAAUGCAAGGAAUGCUGGUGAAACACAGGCUGCUGUCGCACAGCCCUGCGCUCAGCCGGCUGCUUCCCGUGUCACCUUAUCCCUUUUGUCUCCAGAGGAUGAACUUGCACUUCCAGAUGUCUAAACUGCAAGUUUGAGAUGAGUCUUGCUGUGAGGAGAGUGAUUUCAGCCUGGGCUGCUCAGACCCAGUGUGUGGGGCUUCAUGUGGAUGUGCAGCACCUCCAAGAAGCAGUUUUCUGGGAUGAGAGGCCGUGUAAUUGAAGCCCUCCUGCACUGUUGAAAGGGUCUGUAGAACCCAAACCUUUUUUCUUUGCACUGUUACAUCAGUAUAGUGCAAAAUGGUGCUGCACUGCACGGCUG